CUUCUUGUUUUUGUGCAAAAAAUCAGCUGCGCGUCGAUACGUAACGGAAAGGGAACAACAAAUGUCUUUUUAGUGAAGAAAAAAAUUGACAAUCCUACCUUUAAAUACUGUUUUAUUCCUGUAAAAGAAAAAAAUUAACAAAAAAACCCAAGGCACAAUAACUUAAUAAACUUGCAAACAAAAAGUUUAUAACAAAAAAUAUGUCCAAUUUACAAAGAACCAUACUAAAGGGUCGUUUACCACCCACCAUACCUAGCAGUCGCAUAGGCAGAAGCGAUUCAUUUAAAAAAUCACGAGUACGUGAUUUUAAACCUUCGCUAUGGAGUGAAUUUUUUGCCGAAAAGGAUGAUGUAGUGGUGGAUGAUAAACGCACAUUUCGCAUCUAUCGCACAAAGGAACCAGAGAAACCGGGACCAGUUUUGCUAUUGCUACAUGGUGGUGGUUAUUCGGGUCUAACAUGGGCUCAUUUUUGUAUGGAAAUUACCAAUAUGAUUCAUUGCCAAUGUUUAUCCAUUGAUUUACGUGGUCAUGGAGAUACUCAAACGGAUGAUGAUGACGAUUUGUCGUCCGAUACUUUAGCCAGAGAUAUUGGCGAUUUAUUGUUGAAAAUUUACCCAGCAAAUAUGCCUCCAAUUUACAUUGUGGGCCAUUCAAUGGGUGGUGCUAUAGCUGUACAUUUUGCCAGCAUGGAAUUGAUACCGAAUAUAAUUGGUAUAACGGUCAUAGAUGUGGUGGAGGGCACGGCUAUGGAAGCCUUAGCCAGCAUGCAGAGUUUUUUGAGAUCUAGACCACAGUUCUUUAAAAGCAUACCGAAUGCCAUUGAAUGGUGUAUACGCAGUGGCCAAAUUCGUAAUAUAGAUAGUGCCAAAAUCUCAAUGCCGGGCCAAAUUAUAAACUGCACAACGAAAAAAUUAGCAACAAACGAGUUACCACUCGCCGAUGAUGAUGAUGAGGAACAGGCCACCGGUUCUACCAAAUUUAUGCAUCCCUUUAGCAUUUCCGAAGAUGAGGAGGUAUCGGGUGAAACUACACCAACUGAGGUGGAUAAACAGGAGUUGGAAUUUAAGAAACCCAUGGUUGCCAAUGAAGAGGAUAAUAAAAAAUACACCUGGCGCAUUGAUUUGUCCAAGUCGGAAAAAUAUUGGAUUGGCUGGUUUUCGGGUUUGAGUGAGAAAUUUCUUAAUCUACGUCUACCCAAACAAUUGCUUUUGGCCAGCAUCGAUGGCUUGGACAAGGCUCUAACUGUGGGCCAAAUGCAGGGUCGUUUUCAAAUGCAAGUUUUGGCCCGCUGUGGCCAUGCCGUCCAUGAGGAUCGCCCCCAUGAAGUGGCCGAAGUAUUGAGUGGCUAUUUGAUUAGAAAUCGUUGUGCUGAGGCUGCUGGUGAUUUUCGCUGCCAUUUGCAGGCUUGUUAAACAUGGAAGAGGCUGUUGAGUAACAUUUCUUUAAACCUAAUUUCCCCAUCCGUUGAUGCAUGCCAAGGAAAGCAUGCAUUAUUUUUUUCAUUAAUAACAUCCUUUAAAAUGCAUCAUGUGUACAUUGAAUCAAUUUCAAUUGUGUAUUUAAUUGAAUUCAUUAACAUUUCUUUAAUUUAUUGUGCAUCCUAAAGAGUAACACUCUAAUAUAUUUAUAUUAGAAUCUAUAAAAAACAAAAAUAUUUAUUAAAACAGGAAAAACUAUUAUUCAAAAUUGUAACAAUUUAUUAAUUUUGCGUUAAAAUCUUUUGCUUCAAAAUAAAUAUAUAUUUCAGAAAAUA